AUGGCCCUCCCUUUCAUUGCCUCCACCGACCGCGCAGCCGCCUGGUUUUCGGUUGGCCUGGCCUCGUCCUUCGUGAAUAUUACGGAUCCGGGCUGCGGUGCGCUGUCAGGGCAGUCCGUCGUCCGCACCGAAGGAGGGCCUCCGAAGUCAGGCUGCAAGGUCUUCCUCGCUCCCGACGCCAACGAUACAUCAGGCCAAGCCGUCCAGCUCCCGGACAAUCCGGACGAGCAGUUGAACGCCUCUCUGAGAAAGGGAGACCAGGUGCUGGUCUUUCAGUACAGAGGCAAGUUCCACGCCGUAGACAACAAAUGUCCUCACUCUUCAUACCCUCUGUCGAACGGUACCCCGUUCGACAUUGAGGACUUUGGCAUCGCGCUCUCGGCGGGCAUCACGUGUCCGAAGCAUGGAUGGAGCUUCGACCUGUUCUCCGGCCAGGCCGAUCGGGGCACGUACAGGUUGAAACUGUGGGAAGUUCAGCUCAGAGAUGUGGAGGGCGAUGGCGCUGACGAUGCGGCAAAGGAGGUCUGGGUGCGAAGAAGACAGAGGGUGGGCUGA